AAAUGAAAAUGCAAAUCAAGUUGCUCCCAUUGCUCUUUCUCAUCUCAUGCUUUCUAAUUGGUCUAAUUGCGACCCUCGAAACCGUCACCAUGUCAAACAACAAAGGUUUCAUACUCUCCGGCGAGAUCGCACAAGGUGAUCAACUUCUAGGUUUAACUCUCUCAAUCAUCGAAUUCAAUGGAGAUGCUGAGAGCAGGCAAUGGGAAUUUCCGAGGAGGAAAUUACAAGCUCAUGGAGGCAGUGGAGGUGGUGGAGCUGGUGGAGGUAAAGGAGCCCAUGGAGGUGGCGGGGGAGUCAUUACACGUCCACGAAAUGAGAGGCGGAAUGGUGCAUCCACCUUACUAACAUCUCCAAUUUCUCACACCGUAAUGCAAGUCAGUGUUGGAUGGCUCUUAGUUUUCAUUUUCUUGUUUUAAAUUAAAUGAGAAAAAGAUUACGAAUAUAAUUAAAGAGAAAGGGAGACUAUUAGUUUUAAUUGUCGUACUUUGGAAAAAAUAAUGUUUGUGAAAAUUAUCUAUUAAAUCAUUAUAAAAAGGCUUGUUUUGGUUCA